GACCUGAGCCCUGUUAACACCUCCACACACACACACACACCUCCACACACACAGAGGAGAGACAGCAGCCCAUCUCUCCAGCCAUCAGCCAUGAGUAGCCUCGGAUAUGACCCGUACUACACCUCCUCUUUGUACAAACGCUGGUAUGCUGAGCCUUCCCCUCGUGUGGUGGUUACCAGAGGGAGGACCCACCCCGCCUACUCCUCCCAUGCACCCCCACUGUCCUCAUCCCGCAAGCAGUAUUCCUCUCCCAGCCGGGUGCUGUUCUCCUCUUCCUCACCAGCCUCUUCCCUGGAGCUGGAGCUCAGCCAGGCAGCCCAGAUCAGCUCCGAGUUCCGAACGGUACGCACACAAGAGCGCAGCCAGCUGCAGGAGCUCAAUGACCGUUUUGCAGGCUUCAUUGAGAGGGUGCGUGAGCUGGAGCAGCAGAACCGUGCUCUGGAGGCAGAGCUGCUGCUGCUUAGGCAAAAGCAUGCUGAACCGUCCCGUCUCAGAGCUCUGUAUGAGCAGGAGGCCCGAUCCCUGAGGGCAGCUGUCGAUGAGGUGAGUGCAGAGCAUCAGGCUGUCCUGGGACAGAGAGACCGGUUGGAACAAACUCUGAGCUCACUGCAAAGUCGAUAUGAGGAGGAAAUGUUGGCUCGAGAGGAGGCAGAGGCCAGGUUGAUGGAGGCCCGUCGGGAGGCAGACGAGGCUGCUUUGGGAAAGGCUGAGCUGGAAAAGGGUGUUGAAACUCUACUGGAGGAGUUAGCCUUCCUCAAGAGGAUUCACGAAGGCGAGGUGGCAGAACUCCAAGCUCAAGUCCAGCUGGGCGUCCAGGUGGCUGUGGAGUCUGAGACCGCCACUCCAGAUCUCUCUGGGGCUCUCAGGGACAUCCGGUCCCAGUAUGAGAGGCUGGCAGCAAGGAAUAUGCAGACGGCCGAGGAGUGGUUCAAAAGUAAGGUGGGCUCACUAACAGAAACAGUAGUCCAGCACACCAAUGCAGUGAAAAGCUCCAAGGAUGAAGCAGGAGAGUACCGACGCCAGCUUCAGUCACGCCUGCUGGAGAUCGAUGCCUGCAGGGGCCUCAAUGAGUCCCUUGAGAGGCAGCUGCAUGAGAUAGAGGAUAAGCAGAGCGCUGAGAUAGCUACGAUGCACGACACCAUUGCAGAGCUGGAGAAUGAUCUGAGGGGCACUAAACAGGAAAUGGCACGCUACCUUAAGGAAUACCAGGACCUUCUGAAUGUCAAGAUGGCCCUGGAUAUUGAGAUUGCUGCAUACAGGAAGCUUUUGGAAGGGGAGGAAUCUCGUUUUAGUGUGGGCGUUCAUGGGGGUGUGGCCUCCUUGUACACCCAUGCCAUGGCUCCGCCCAUAUUCACCCGGCCCAUCCUCUCCAGCUUGAGCUCUGGCACCUCCUAUCUUUUGACAUCCCGCCUGCUGAGUUCCAGUGUCAGCACCACUGAGGGGCUCAUUUCAGCCAGCCACGCCCAUGCAGCAGAGUCCAGCCCCCCUGGGGAAGAGGAGGUGGAGGAGAAGGAGGAGGAAGAGGAGAAAGAACAGGAGGAGGAAGGAGGAGAGGAAACAGAGGAGAAAAAAGAAGAGGAGGAGGGGGGAGAGGAGAAAGAAGAAGAGGGAGGAGUGGAGGAGGAGGAAGAGGAAGAGAAAGAGGGUGAUGAGGAAGCAAAGGAGGAAGAAGAUGCUAAGGAGGAAGAAGAGGGUGGUGAUGAAGAGGAGCAAAAAAAGGAGGUGGAAGAAGCUGCUGAAGAUAAGGGAGAGAAAGGAGAAGCAGAUGAAGGAGGUGAGUGUGAGGCCAAAGAUGAAGCACAAGAGGAGAAAAAACCAGAAGGAGCUGAGGACAAAGAAGAGAUCAAAGAGGAAUCUGAAAAGAGCGAGGUGAAAGUGGAAAAGGCUGAUGCCAAAAAGGAAGCUGAAGACAUCAAGGAGCCUGCUCCAAAGAAAGAUGACGCAAAAAAAGAGAAAGUUGUGGAGAAACCGUCCAAACCUGAGCCUGCAGAGGAGAAAAGCACUCAGGACAAAAAGUAACAAAGGUGUUGUGAGUUUCCAGAUUGCAGCUCAAUAACAGGAUGAGACAUCAGCGCUGUCGAGUCUGCUUGUUACACGGUGCUCAAUAGAACUAUCCAAUAGCCAAUUUACAGCUACUGAUCAAGGUAACCGCUUGUCAAUGUCCAGAAUAAUCAAUAAAUAUUUCACUGCAAAAAUC